UAUGAACAAGAAGAACGCUCACUUCUUCCUUCCGCUUGUCCUCGUCCUCCUCACAGCAACAAUUUCAGGGCAAAAGUCUGUUUUUGCAAGGAUUCCGAUAGGCGUCAACUACGCCAAGCACGCCCACGGCGGCAACCCUUCACCGGCUGCGGUCAUCUCCGCCCUAAGAUCCAUGCGGAUCGAUCGUGUCCGUCUGCUCGUCCCGGAUCUCGAUCUGAUUCAGGCCUUCUCCUACACCGGCAUCUCCCUUCUAUUGUGCCUGCACAAUAGCUACGUUCCACGUUUCGCCUCCAACGAAUCGGAAGCGUACACGUGGGUGAGAGACCACGUGGCGUCCCGCUACCCCAGGAUACGUGUCGUAAUGCUGUCCCUCGGAUCCAACGUCCUCACCCUCUCGCCGGACCUCGCCGAGUUCGUCCUACCGGCGGUCCAGAACGUCCACCGAGCGCUCAGGAAGCUCGGCCUCCGCCACGUCUCCGUCUCGACCACCGCCUCUUUCGAGGCCCUAACCUCCGCCUUCCCACCCUCCGGGGCCCAGUUCCACCAGUUUGCCGCCCAGUCGUUCUUCGCUCCGCUGCUCGACUUCCUCUCCGCGACCAACUCUUCCUUCCUCGUCGAUAUCUGCCCUUACGAUCUCUUCCGGACCGAUCCGGAGAUUCCGAUCGGGUUCGCGCUCUUCCAGGAGGAACCGUUCUCAUUCCGAGACGAUCCAGUCACGGGAAUCCGGUACCGCAACCUGUUCGACGUGAUGGUCGACGCCGUCAUCAACGGCAUGGCCGCCCUCGGCCACGAUGACAUCCCCGUGGUGGUAACUGAAACAGGGUGGCCAAGCUCCGGCGGGCCGGGCGAACCGGAAGCGAGCCUCGUUUACGCCGAGAUGUACAACCGGGGUCUCGUCCGCCACCUCGCGGAAAGCGUGUCCCGAACCGCGUCCCCGACGAGACGCGACGCGGUACCGGAGACGUACAUCUACCUGCAGGAUGAGGACGCGAAGCAGGGAAGGGGCGCCGAGGCGAGGUGGGGGAUUCUUUAUCCUAAUCUGACGAAGAAGUACGAGUUCGAUUUGUCCAGGGGAGCUCGGGCAGCAGAUUCCUGUGCCGUGGCGGCGGUGACGGCGGCGGCCCUCUUGCUAUUCCGGCGCUCAUUCUUCUUUUUCUGAUUCUUUUUCUAUUUCCGAAGAAAGGAAAAAAUAGUGGGCAGCAAAACGUUAGAGCUGUUCACCUGAGACAGUUGGGAAUUCGAAUACUUUUCCAAGCACGCGCCGG